AUUGCAACCUGUUAGAGGCAGUUAUGACAAGGAUAGGUGGGUGUCGGCUGAGUGUAUGUAACUCUCGCAAUCAGGCUUUCUUAAACAGCUAAAAGACUAACAUACCGAGACUGAAACAAGAAGAAUGACUUCAGGCAUAGAGAUUUUAAUGCCUUCUAUGAGGAUCACCAAAUUGGAGAUGAAGGAAGAAGGAUAUUCUAAAGAAGAUGAUUCAACUAGAGCAGCAAAUGUAUAUAUAGAUAGUUUCAUAGUGAAUACACCUACACGCUCUUUUAAGAAAAAAGAAGUUUCAAUACCAAUUCAAAACGCACUGAAAGAGCUGCCUGGGGAAUUUUCAAUAAGGAUGUAUUGUUUCUCCAGAGCUGUAGUGUCCAAGUGGAAGAAAAUAGUCAAAGGAUUGACUUUGGGCGGUGCUACUGAUCAUGUCGAUGAAGAUGGUUCAGCUGCUGCUGCUGCUGCUGAUGAUGAUGAUGAUGAUGGUGAUGAUGAAGAAGAAGACAAAGAAGAAGAGGAGGAGGAGCAGGAGGAUCUUUAUCGUGAUCAGUUUCCUCGAGAAACACAUGUAGAUAUUCUGAUAUUUCUUACAACAAACAUACCCCAUAGUCCACCAGAUUACACAUCUUUUCAUCCUGAAAUAUAUGCACUUACAUCUGGAAAUGCCUAUGUUAUCCUGAAAGAAAACAUGUGUUGUAGAGAAUUCCCAAUAAAAUGUGCCAAAAGGGUUCUUCAACCUAAUUUAAAGGCCCUGUCAUCCAAGCAACUUACUGGACCUCUCUCAUCCCAGACAAUAACAUUUAAGCAGAAUGAAAGUACCAUGGUUACCUUCUGGGACUAUCUGGGUCAAAUCACAACAUCCUAUAAGAUGCCACUGAGAGAUGAUGCUUCUCUAUACUGGUUCUGCUUACGGACAAAGAAAGGCAAACCAAGGAAAGCAUCAAUGACUGUCGGGGAAACCUAUCUCAGAAUGUCUGCUGAAAUGAGUCUGAAGGAUAUUGCCCUUCUCCUUUACCAACUUUCCCGUAUUGCAAGAGGAGAGGAAUCUAAGAAAUAUCCAAGUCGGGAACAGGAACUAGAUGACACAGCCUUUGAUGUGCUUUAUCAUGUGAAAAUAGUAAAGGAUAAAGAACGAAUAGAAUCAUUCAACAAUAUUUUGAUGGAAAACAUCAUUUCUCACCUUAGUGGUCAAUCUAAGAAUCUGAGUCUUUAUUUGUCCCAUCGGGAUCUGAAAGGCUGGGAAAAUGCAAAUGUGUUCAAUUUAAAGAACAGACGACAGUUAUUUCACAAAUGGGAAGGCCAGCCUCCAAACCUUGUAGACUUGCUUCAAGUAGUGACAAACAACACCAUUCCAGGGCAUUACAGGCAAAUAAUCAGCACACUUUCUUUGCAAAUGUGUGGCUCUCAUGAAGGUUAUAAUCGCACAAAUCCCUUGCUGAAGUACAUCCAUGGCCAAAUCACCAUAAGUGGUGAAUCUUUAUUCUGCUAUGGUGGAAAAUGGCUGAGGAUUGAGUAUGAGUAUAUGGCGAGUUUAGAAGAGCAGUUCAGUCAUUUGGAGCAGUCCCACAGACUGGGUGGCAAUGUGCUUGUCUUACCAUGGCUUUACUCUGGACAUGACUGGCCAGAGGAUGCUCCAAAGACGAAGACCAAUGACAAUCAGAAAUCAACAGUCUUUGUUACAGGGGCGACAUUAGUUCAGUGGAUUGAAGAAACUUUUGAAAAACAACUAACGUUGACGGACGAGAAGAAAAAAGAAAAAAUCACAAGAAUUGUCACGUUCAAUAACUAUCUGGAAGGAGAGACAAACAAUCAAAGAAAACAAAUACUACUUUUCCUCAGAAUGCACUGCCAACAGGCUGAACGACACUACAAUGAAGGUUACAUCCUGUAUGAUCAACUGCUCCCUGACACUUCGGGAUACCUCCUUGGGGACCGGAUCUUUAUUUUUGGUCAGAACAUAGAGCUGUACGACAUCCUCUUCUACACACCAGAGAAGACCUAUCUCAUUCACGUCAAAGAGGGCUUUGGGAACACUACCCGAGAUGUGUGCUCUCAGAUUCGGAAUUCCGCAGAGGUAGUGUUCAAACACUGGAUUUGCAACAACAGUUUCGAUAUCUUAAAAAAAUACUGGUCAAGUGUUACAGGCUAUACGGGCUUGGACAAGUACCGCCAAGUUGUAAGACAUCGGUACUUGAAAAUGGGACAGGAAAAGUUCAUACAACUCUUCAAUCGGGAGGAAAUAGUUUAUGUGUUGGCAAACAGGGAUACUAAAAAAACACCAUCAACCAUGUUUCCCAAUGUUCCAUAUCCAAAAGAACGACUUAUAGCCGAAUUUAACUGGAAAACCAAAGAAGUUGUUGGGGAAUUGUUGAGGUGUCAGUAUCUCCGAAGAGAUGAUGCUGUCAGAAUAUGUGUGACAGAUAAAGUCUUCAACACACUGGAGCAGGCAAAGAAGGAAAUAAGACUUAGAACCAGGGCAAUGGCGGAAAAGGCUUUCAACAUUCUGAGGGAAACUAUGAGCAACCAUUCUUCUUUCAUUGCAAAGAUGGAGGUUGUACAUCUGUAUAGUAAUUUCAAACGUUUUGUUACCCCUAGCAAACGACUCUCCCUGAAGAUGUGUAGUAUCAGGAAAAAUGUUUUGAAGCAAGACUGAGGCAGAGGAAAUAUCUAGCUGUUGAUUUAUCAUAUCGGGAUAACUGUUGUGCUCUCAUUGAUGACUUUAAAAAUGUGGAAGUUGUUGUCAAUCUACUGGAACAAUGGGACAAAUUCAACAAAUGAUUAAUUGGGUUUAGAAUGUUCUACCUUUACUUAAUCUUUUUAAUCUAUAAUGACAUAUCUUCAAUAUGAAACAAGUCAUGAUAACAAUGUGAGUGGAAACAUAAACGUAAAAAGAAGUAACAGAACAGGGGCCCGUUCCAUAAAGCGAUCUUAUCACUACGACUGCUGUAUUUCUACAAAGUAUGGGAAUUACGAUCGUCUUAGGGCUAAGAUCGCUUUGUGGAACGGGAGCCAGGGCACUAACAUAAGUGAUGCACACAGGGGUUUUAUUUGUUUAGAAAGAUAUAUUUCUGAGCCUGAAGCUGCUAAACUAUUGCCAUAACCAUGGAAUGAUGGCAUGAUGUUACAGUUAAACAGUACCACAUUGAGCAAUUCAAAACCUUAACGAGGCCACCAAGACAGUGCCAAGGGAUUAUCAUCUCAUAUGGGAACUCAUUUGUAUGCCAACUUAGAUCAUAAUGGGAACUUCGGGUCUAGCUCUCAUGGCGAUAUGUCGCUAAAAUUAGAAGCUACCGCUAUCCGAUGCCUUCAACUGCAUUAUGUCCACUUCAAGACGGGGUAACGGGGGAAUAAAGCCCCCGAAGCGGAAAAUUCUCCCGAAACUCCGAGCAAAACUAAAUCUACCGAAUUCUCGACCGAGGACAAAAAUGACGCCACAGAAGCGAUCAGCAAAGGGCUUUAACGGAAAACCGAUGAAUUAAAUUAAAGCAGUUUUUUAUACAGGAAAUGUACAUGAGAAGGUCAUACUUUUUAAUUUACGGGGUGAAAGAGCGACGCGAUCCUGAAACGGCAGCCAGGAAAUUAUUCUCCGAACUAAAAGUACACGACGCUGAGGAUAUGUCAUUGGCCGCCUUCCACAGAUAACCUCGCCUCAACACGGAUGCAUCAUGGGGACCACCAAGCCCCGACCAAAUUCUUGUUAGAUUCGUCAUCAUGGAGGACCGACAGAAUGUGCUGUUUGCUAAGCUACAAAAACGGCGUCUUCUUCGAGAAUUGAAGAAAUCUAUCAGUACGGAUUUACCUCUCCCAUUCAAGAAACUCCGAGGACGCUUAGCAAUAAAAGCUAAUAACCUAAAGCCCCAGUCACACAGACAAUGCGACCGCAAUGCAGCCUCCUUGCGACCAAAAUAUUUGACAAUCGCAAUGAGGUUUCAGAGGUCUGAAUGGUUUCACUGAGGUCGCUACAAGGUUUCAGGGCAGUCGUGACCAGUCUUUUGAACAUGCACAAAAGACUGGCUGCGACAGAUUUGGUCGCUCGGAGGUUUCAUUGGUCUCCUAGAGGUCCCCAAGUGGUGUUAUUUUUAUCGCAGAUUGGUUUUGCCUGUGAGGCAUCGGUUUCGUCUAUACUCGUCGACUCUUUGCAACCUAGUGGCGACCUAUCGGUGAUUGAUCAGUUAUGAGGUGGUGAUCGACCGGCGCUUCAUCGGUGACAACUUGCACCGAAAUGAUAUGAUUCAGAAAAGCACCCUUUUUAUAUGCAUAAUGUUUUUAUGGGUGAUCGAUCGAAAACUAGUCAUCAACCAGUCCACGUCCAGUUGCAACAAGUUACCGAAGAUUCGCUGAAUAGUCACCGAUCGGUCUCAACCAGUUGCAAACAUUUCGCCGUAUUUGCGGUGAACAGUUGCCGAUCAAUCACUGACAAGUUGCAAAACCUACCGCUGAUUGAUGGCCGACCGUAUACAAAUUCCAAAUAUAGACAGAAGUAGUUGCAUCGGUCUCAGCGAUCGCCAGUCGGGCUCGCAUUGUCUGUGUGACUGUAACUUUAGAAAAACUUCGGACUACAAACAAAAUUCAUGGAAAAAGGUAUUGACAUUAUUCUUUAUCACAGGAAGAACAACGAUUCCAAAUGGAUCAAAAUCGAACUUGAUGAGGAAUACGCAGAACAGUAGUAACAGGCUAUCUAUCUGUUUAUUAACCUCCAACUCGGAAACUCCGAGAGUUGUGUGUGGCUGACAAUGUUUAUAUUCUGUAGGAUUCGCCAAUCAGUGUCGAAGGCAGGACGCUGCACAGAGUUAUUCAACAAGAAAGUGGUAUUUUAUUCAUAACCAUAAACUUUUGAUUUAAGUCGAACUAAGGGAAAUUUAUUGAUAUUUGACAAUGUAACUAAUUGAACAUGUACAUUUAUGGAUGGUAACAUUUGUCCAACUUAUAUCAUGUAUAUGUUAUUACCUAUUUUGAUUACAUAUAUAAUUACUAACGGGACCAGGUGGUCAGGCUCGCUGACUUGGUUGAUGCAUGUCAUCGAUCCCAAUUGCGUGGAUCGAUGCUCAUGAUAUUAAUCACUGGAUUGUCUGGUCCAGACUCGAUUAUUUACAGA